GGAAUCCCCUGUAUAUUUAGCUUAACGUGAUUUUCACAUGUGGCAACGCCUGGACAAAGCGCUGCCCACCGCCGCUGGAGCAUGCUGUAUUGUCUGUGAAGAAAACGGGAAAAGAGCUAGGAGGAGACAGAAAAUACAGUAAUUUAAAUUUAAUUUACAACCAUCAUCAUGGGAGUUCCAGCAUUCUUUCGCUGGCUGAGCCGGAAGUAUCCGAGCGUGAUCAUAGAGUGUAACGAAAACAAGCAGGUGGACCCGGACACCGGCCGGAACACUUACGAGGACGCUACGUUGCCGAAUCCGAACGGGGUGGAGUUCGACAAUCUUUACCUGGACAUGAACGGCAUUAUCCAUCCGUGCACGCAUCCGGAGGACAAGCCGGCACCGAAGAACGAGGACGAGAUGAUGGUGGCUAUUUUCGACUGUAUCGACCGACUGUUUGGAAUUGUGCGGCCAAGGAAACUUCUCUACAUGGCCAUAGAUGGAGUGGCGCCGCGAGCCAAGAUGAAUCAGCAGCGGUCCCGUCGCUUCCGGGCAGCUAAGGAAACCUCAGAAAAGCGCCUGGAGAUCGAGCGGAUCAGGGAGGAGCUGCUCAGCCGCGGCUGCAAGCUGCCGCCCGAGAAGGAGAAGGGCGAACACUUCGACUCCAAUUGCAUCACGCCGGGCACGCCCUUCAUGGACCGGCUUAGUAAGUGCCUGCACUACUAUGUCCACGAUCGGCUGAACAACAACCCAGCCUGGAAGGGCAUCAAGGUGAUCCUCUCGGAUGCCAAUGUUCCGGGCGAGGGCGAGCACAAGAUCAUGGACUAUAUCCGUAAGCAACGAGCCCAGCCGGACCACGACCCCAACACCCAGCAUGUACUAUGCGGGGCCGAUGCGGAUCUCAUUAUGCUCGGGCUAGCCACACACGAGCCGAACUUCACUAUUAUUCGUGAAGAGUUUCUGCCGAACAAGCCGCGUCCCUGUGACAUCUGCAACCAGUUCGGUCACGAGAUGGAUAAGUGCGUGGGACUGGGGGCCACGGGGCCAACGGGCGCCAACUUCAAGCCCGAUGUUCCUAUUGGUGCAGAGGUGAAGUUCAUCUUUGUGCGGCUGAGCGUGCUGCGGGAGUACCUGAAGCAGACGCUCGAGAUGCCGAACCUCCCAUUUGAGUAUAGCUUCGAACGCGCCCUGGACGACUGGGUAUUCAUGUGUUUCUUCGUGGGCAACGAUUUUCUGCCUCACUUGCCAAGCUUGGAGAUUCGCGAGGGUGCCGUUGAUCGACUAGUGGAGCUGUAUAAGAAGUGCGUCUACAAGACAAAGGGAUAUCUUACCGACUCAGGCGACGUUAAUCUGGACAGGGUGCAGCUGAUAAUGACCGAUCUGGGCAAUGCCGAGGACCAGAUCUUCAAAAACCGGCAGCGGCGCGAGCAGCAGUUUAAGGCCAGGGAUAAGAUGCGACGUCGGCAGGAGAGAAACCAGGACCACAAGGCAUUGGACCAGUCAGUGUUUGGUGCCAGCGCUGUGGGGCAAAACAACCCAAAAUCAAACAUCGGUAACUACAAGGAGGCAGCCGCAGCCCUCCGCCUCGGCAAGAGGACGAGUGAGCAGGCUGCAUUAGACGACGACGAUGACGAGGAAGAGGAGGUCAACGACGAGGUUAGGCUAUGGGAGGAUGGAUUUAAGGACCGCUACUACGAGUCCAAAUUUGAUGUGGCUCCGGGCAACCAGCAAUUCCGCUACGCUGUGGCGCUACAGUACGUAAGAGGCCUGUGUUGGGUGCUGAAGUACUACUACCAGGGGUGCGCCUCGUGGAACUGGUAUUUCCCGUACCAUUAUGCGCCCUUCGCGUCCGAUUUCGUCAACAUCCAGGGCCUAUCGACGCAUUUUGAACGCGGCACAAAGCCCUUUAACCCUCUGGAACAACUUAUGGGCGUCUUUCCAGCAGCCAGUAGCUCCCAUGUGCCCGAGCCGUGGGCCCAACUCAUGUCCAAUCCGGACUCACCGAUCAUUGACUUUUAUCCGGAGGAUUUUAAGAUCGAUUUGAAUGGCAAGAAAUUCGCCUGGCAGGGUGUGGCCCUCUUACCUUUCGUCGAUGAGAAGCGUCUCUUCAAGGCCCUCGUUCCGUACUACGACCAGCUUACCGGGGAGGAGGUGAGACGAAACAAGCGGGGCGAAAAUUAUCUGUACAUUACAACUUCGAGUCCACACUACAAGAAGGUAAAAAAAAUAACAGAAAAGUCGACUGAGGAUGAGUGUAGCGCCAUCUCCUUUAGUGGGAUGCGCGGCACACUGGGAAAAUCGGAACUAAACACUGCCAUCAGCGGCUGCCUAAGGUCCCCGAUAUCUGGACUCCCGGACAUUAAUGAGAACACGAUUGUGACUUCGACAUUCCGGGAUCCGGAGUACGAUGACGACUACAUCUUCGAAGCGAAGCGACUGCCGAAUGCCGUUGAUCCUCCGCAGGUGCUGCCGUCCGAGCAGGGCCAGAAGCAUCGCCCAGUCAUAGGGUUCAAUAGCCACUUAAACCGGGCCUAUGUGCCGGAUAGUGGACAUCGCAUGUUGAAUGCCGGAAUACGAAAUAGUUAUGGUCAAGGUGGCGGCGGAGGCGGAGGAGGAGGGGGAGGAUACGGGCAAGGAGGAAGCGGCGGGAGAGGAGGACAGGGCUAUCAGAAUAAUAGUCGCAACUAUAAUUACAAUUACAAUAAUAACUUCAACCAGGGCGGUGGUGGUGGCUAUCAAGGUAACUACAAUAACCGCCAGCAAUACGGCCAGAAUCCGAGAUACCAACAAGACAAUCCCAACCAGCAAAGGAACUACAAUAACUACAACAAUGGACGGAAUAACAACUACCACCAAGGCGGUGGUAACUGGCAACAACAGCAGCAGCAGCAAAAUUAUAAACGAUUCUAAUCAUAUAACACAAAUGUAUAUGUAAGAGUAACAACAUAAUCCAAGUUCAUUUACUAAAAUAGGAUUAAGAGCAAAGAUUUCAUUAUACUUUUUAACCAUAAAAACCCGUUACUACAGCUCGACUUAAAAUUUGUCUUAGUGCCUAAAUGAAAAGAAGUCAAAUUAUGCAAUCAUAGGCACAAUUUUUGUUAAAAAAAAUAUUGCCCCUUUAUCUUAACAUGUUGCGAAUAAAAUACAUUUGACAGAACUUU